GUUUCUUGGUGAGAGUUAGAGAGAGAGAGAAGUGAGAGAGAGUAAUUCUCAGGUCCUUCUUGUUCUUUAUCUUCUUAUUCUUCGUCUUCUUAGAUAGAGAGAGUUAGUGUGAGGGAUCUCCAUUGAAGAGCACCAUUGUAACCUCUUGAAACAUUGGAUAGUGGAUUCGGCUUGUGAGGAGCAAUACCUCACCGAGACGUACCUCAAAGUUGCGGUUUGCAACAGAGGGAACUCGUAAAUCUCUUGUGUCCUUAGUUUAUGUUUUAUCACGUAAUCGCAAUAAUCGAAGAAAGCAAAUCAGUGUGAAAUUGAGUCUGAUUUCCAACAGUGAUGUUGGUUAUUCAAAAUCUGGGUUUUGGUUAUUCAUAAUUGUUGUUAUUAACUUGAUUAAACAAGAACAGAGGUAUUGUUUAUGAACAAAGGUUUCUCUUGAGGAUUGUACCUUGAACAAUGAAGAAGCUUUCACUUUCUAGGAAUGCUCUCUGCUCAAAGUGUAACGACAUGGGGACUUGGGAUGACUAUAUGGCUUAUAGACGAAGGAUGGACCAAAACCUAUUGGGAUCGAGUUCUCAACAGAUGAGUGACUCCCCUACAGAUGCUGGAGAACCGUCUAGAGUACCUGAGACGCCUACAAAUGGACAAAGCUCAACGGAUCCAGCAGAUUUAUUGACUCUGGACCAAUUGCUUCGAUCUGCAGGCCGUGCAAGCCUAAAAAAACUUGAUCCGAGAAGAAUGAAUGGUGAUGGAUGGUUUGAAUACACCAAGGGGAUUACUAAGGCUGUGAAAAAAAUUGUGGAGAGCGAUUUCAAAGAAGUGGCUCCUAAUUGGUCAACACUCUCAAGCGAUACCAAGUUACGUUGGUUCAAAGCAUUUGCGCAAAAGUAUAAUUGGUACUUUGUGUGCAUCUCGUUUGCUGGGAUAUGUCCAUGA